AAAGAAGGAAAGCGGAACAGUGCAAAAGAAGAAAAGCGGGACAGUGCAAAAGGAAAAGAGGAAAAAGAAGAAGAAGAAGAAGUUUGUUUACCUGAGCGAGGCGCGGCGCGGCGGACGCGAGAGAACGCUCCUAAAAGGCCAAAUUCCCCUUUACGAUGGUCUGACCUGAGGAAGCGAGUUGUUUUAAGGGCAGUAGUCACUUCCAAACAUAAUUAUUACCUCUUGAACAUACACCGUGACCAAGUGUGCCACACUGACAAUAUGGCUUUUAUGUCAUUAAAUGAUUACCUGCAAAGAGUCCAGGCAACACUGUACCAACAAAAUGGAGAAGCACUUGCUGAGCUUAUAUCCUUUCGAGACCCACACGUCAUGAGUUCACGCUUGAUGCUGGAGAAGCCUGAGAGAGACGUGGAGCGAGUAAUCGAUGUCUCCUUAGCUGAAGUCAUUGCAGGACACCUUAGGGCUGUGUCGUCAGCAGGGUCUGGAGACACAGUGGAGGCAUGGAGGACACAGAUGGUGGUGGUGCAAGCUGUGGCGCGCUUCAUGCAGGAAUGUAAGGAGGAGAACUGGAUGCUGCCUGUCAUGUACACUGCAUGCCUGGAUGUAAGGUUGUUUGCUUUAGCUGCAGACCAAGAACUGACUCGCACAGGAGCAAGCAAGGCUGGAGAAACCCUGGAGAAAGCUGCUGAAGCUCUAAUGAGCUGCUUCCGUGUGUGUGCUGCAGACACGCGCACAACAGAGGAUUGCACUAAGCGCUGGGGGCUGCUGUACCUUGUGAACCAAUUUUUUAAGAUUUAUUUUAAGAUCAACAAACUAAACCUUUGCAAACCAAUGGUACGUGCAAUAGAGGCUCUUAACUUCAAGGAUCGCUUCUCACUCUCCCAGCUCAUCACCUACAAGUAUUACACCGGCAGGAAGUACAUGUUUGACUCAGACUUCCAAUCAGCUGAUGCAACUUUGUCAUUUGCAUUCCAAAGAGGCCACGUCGGAAGUCGCAAGAACAAAAGACGCAUCCUCAUUUACCUGAUUCCUGUCAAAAUGCUGCGGGGCUACCUGCCUAAGCCGUCCUUGUUGGAGAGGUAUAACCUGCCGGAGUUCAAAGAUGUGGUCACCUCAGUGCGGCAGGGCAACGUGAAGUUACUCUCCGAGACCCUGUCCAGGCAUGAGAGCUUUUUCAUUGGAGCUGGUAUAUACCUCAUCUUGGAGAAGCUCAAAAUAUUAGCAUUCAGGAACCUCUUUAAAAAAGUAUUCCUGAUGAGUGGCACCCACCAGAUUGACAUCACACUGUUUCUGCGUGCCCUGCAGUGGAUGUGUGUGGAGGAUGUGGACUUGGAUGAGACGGAGUGUAUCCUCUCCAACAUGAUUAAUGAUGGACGCAUGAAAGGCUACAUCUCCCACGCUCACCGUAAGCUUGUAGUGAGCAAGAAAGAUGCAUUCCCACCUCUCACUUCUUGCUGAAUCCAAGAUGAUUGUCAAAUGUGUUUAUAACAAAAUUGUGUUUACCUACAACAGGCAAAGUCUAGAGGAAAAGCUCAUUUGUUAUCAGCAUCCCUCUGAGCAUCCACACAGAAAUGGCACACCAUUUCUGCAACACUGAGACUAUGCUAAUGAGUUUUCACAAAGGUGACCAUAAACACAGCAAAAAUUUGCAACAUAUGUAAACAUUUACCCUGGGACAGCAAAGCAGAAGAAAAUCUUAACAUUAACGAUGAUUCUUGGAAUGGAUGAGCAUCAAAAUUUUUACUUCUCUGUCAUCAAGGUUCGUUGUAAUGUUGAUGCUUCUUUCAAUAGCUGGGCAUUUUUCUACUGCUACAUUUCCAACUACAAAUCACUUAAUGCAUAUUCGUUCUUAAUCUAAAUUGUGCCCUUUGUUUUGUGCAAUUAUUACAUAUUGCCUCCAAUGUUAUGAAGCUGUUCAUGUAAGGAAAAAAAAAAAACCUGGGUCACAACCCUUUAGUAUGAAGAACAAGUGCUAGAAUGCAGGAACCUAUUUUUAAUAUUAUAACAGAACAUUGAUGAAUAAAUGUUUGAAUAUC